AUGGCACUUUCAACGUCCUGUCCCGCUCUCUGGAAAAGGAGACAGACUCCCAACCGUGUUGAACAGUGGAGCCGACGCGGCCACAACGACAGUCUCCCUCGCGCGCCUCUCGGCCUGUCAUCUCAGUCUGGCUGCAAGUAUGACGCACGCAGUCUCGUAACCGACGAGCCGCUCGAUUCUCAUGUUGCCAAGGUUUACCGUAUUGGACUAAGACCACCCUACCGGGUUGGUUUUCAAUACUCCGUCUGGUCCUUAUGUAGUGCCUCGGACUUCCAGGUUUGGCAUGUGGCAACAGGUGAUGCCACUAAGCUGACUUUGAGUUCUCUGUCGGACGCGUCGGUUGUCUUGCUACUGGGAGUGUGUGAUUAA